AUGAAGUUUUCCUUAAUUUUGCUUGUCAUGGGUAUCCUACUCGUGGAAGCCAUGCCACAGUACGACGACGGAGGGGAUGACGGAGACGAUGGGGGUCACUUCGACGCUGGAGGAGAUGAUGGUGGUCAUGACGACGGUGACGAUGGCGGCCAUGACGAUGGUGGAGGGGAUCAUGACGGUGAUAGCAAUCGUAAUCCACACCCGCCCGGUCAUCCAGGUCAUCGGGGAGACGGAGGUGGAGAGGACGGACCGUCACGAUCUCAAGGAUACCAACGGCGACCUUUACUCUUUUAA